GCCAUACAUGUGUGGAGAGUGCAGCAAGCAGUUCCGACACUUGGGCCAAUUGAAGGGCCAUAUGCGUACGCACACAGGAGAGAAACCUUACAGAUGUGAGAAGUGCAACAAGCGGUUCACUGGGCCAGGUAAUCUGAAGAAACACAUGCGCACUCACACAGGGGAGAAACCUUACAGUUGUCAGGAGUGCAGCAAGCAGUUUAGCGAUUCAAGCAACCUCAAAGCUCACGUGCGAACACACACAGGAGAGAAGCUCUACAGGUGUGAGGAGUGCAACAAGCAGUUCAGUAGGUUGGAUACGCUGAAGGAACACCUGCGGACUCACAGCCUGCAAGUGUGAGUGCAGCAGACAGUUCAA